AUGGGUGACUGGAGUUUUCUGGGAAGACUAUUAGAAAAUGCACAAGAACACUCCACGGUCAUUGGAAAGGUCUGGUUGACAGUGUUGUUUAUCUUCCGGAUCCUGGUACUAGGAGCAGCAGCAGAAGAAGUGUGGGGAGAUGAGCAGUCUGACUUUACUUGUAACACCCAGCAACCAGGUUGUGAGAAUGUCUGCUAUGACAAAGCCUUCCCCAUAUCUCACAUUAGAUUUUGGGUGCUCCAGAUUAUCUUUGUGUCCACCCCCACACUCAUUUAUCUGGGCCAUGUCCUGCACAUUGUGCGGAUGGAAGAAAAGAAAAAAGAGAAAGAGGAAGAUCUUAAGAAAUGUAUUAAAGGUAAAGAUGAGAAGGACUUUCUCCUCAGGAAGGGAGGUGAGAAGAAAGAAAAACCCCCUAUCAGAGAUGAAAGGGGAAAAAUAAGAAUAGGAGGUGCCCUCCUCCGCACCUAUGUCUUCAAUAUUAUUUUUAAGACUCUGUUUGAGAUUGGCUUUAUUGUAGGACAGUACUUCCUGUAUGGUUUUGAGCUAAAGCCUCUUUAUCGUUGCAGCCGUUGGCCUUGCCCCAAUACGGUGGACUGUUUCAUCUCCAGGCCAACAGAGAAGACUAUUUUCAUCAUAUUUAUGCUUGUAGUGGCGUGUGUAUCUCUUUUGCUCAAUAUGUUAGAGAUCUAUCACUUGGGGUGGAAGAAACUCAGGCAAGGUAUGACUAACCAAUAUAUCGUUGACCCUGCUUGCAAUAAAGCAGAUCCUCGUAGCCCAGUCCCGCGAACUGCCCCUCCAAGCAUGGCAUUUCCACCAUAUUAUACUGAUGCAGCUGCUGCCCCUGCUCCAACCGUGCAACAUUUAUAUGCUAGAUCUCCACUUUCUGAUUUCAAAAUAGCGUCUCUUGCAGAAGAGGCUAUAGACCCAUCCUAUUUCAGUGGCCACCUUGACCACGAUGAGUCAGCCAAUGAACAGAACUGGUCCAACCUAACAGCGGAGCGGGAGAGAAAACAUGGAUCGAGCAGUGCCAGUGCGUGCAGUGCAACUACUUCUGCACCAAGCAGCGGGAGAAAUGAGGGCAUGAGCGAUGAGGGGGUGACUCCAGUGGUCGACAGAAGUGGAAGCAACACAAGGUCAUAUGUAGAUGAUAAACCAGUCACUACCACUGUAGAGAUGCACCAGCCUCCAGUGUUGAUAGACACAAGGAGGCUCAGCAGAGCUAGCAAGUCCAGCAGUAGCAGAGCUAGGUCAGAUGACUUAGCAGUGUAG